UACAAUAAACAAGGCGGUCGGUCUGGACCAAGCCAAGCUCCUCUCUCAGGAUUUCUUCUCAUAGAAAAUGCGACCUCAAAUUUGUCGACUUUGCGAGAAGCCUGCGAUAAAUGGUGGCAUACGUGGGAAUGAAUUGGACAAGACGAAGUUUGCCGAGUGGUGUGUUAAUUACCUGGACACUGAUUUGGCUUCCGAGCUUCAAGACACUGACCUUGUCUGCUCCAUUUGCGUUGCAGAUGCCAGGUUGUUGUUCGAGAAUGAUGCGGGAAAAUUUCAGCUAUUUUCAAUUGAUAGUUUGCAGUGGUGGCCACAAAUUUAUAUGGAAAAGGAUCAAAGUUCAUUGCAGGAGAAAUGUGAUGCUGAUAAAGAUCAGCAGAAGGAAGUGCAGCUCCCUCAAUCAACUAUAACUAGCGUUGAGGGAAACGAUUCUGAACAAAUACCAGCUGAAAAAAUGAAAGAAGAGUGCGUCUACUGUGGUAAAAUAUGUAUGGGGGACAUCGUUGAGCACGUCAAGAUGACACAUGCAGAUAUUGCGAUAAGGUGUGAUUAUUCAAAACAAUGUGCAAAAUAUUUUCACACUCUUCUAGACAGAGAAAUUCAUGUCAAAUUUUUUCAUCUAAUGCAAAAAGUUUGUGGAUGCAUUUACUGCUCAUGGUGUGGCAUAACAACAGACGAAUUGAAAGAUCAUGUAACAAAAAACCAUCGGAAUAUUGCUUUUAUUUGUGCGUACAAACAUUGCGAGGAUUAUUUCAAAACUCAAGAUGAGCUCGUAAAGCAUAUUAAAACAACUCAUCACACGAUGAAUUGCCUGUUGUGUGAUUUCACAACUUCAAAUAGAGGUCACUUAAUGCAGCACAAUGCAAAAGAACAUACCGAACAAUCAAAUUUCCUCAAAUGUCCAGAAUGCCCAAGUGGCUUUGCCUGCAGUAAAAGUUUGUAUCUCCAUGUAAAAAAUAACCACUCUUUUAAGAGGUGUCCUGCUUGCAAAGUUACUUGCAAUGCCAAAGCUUUCUCGCAGCAUACAAAAUCGGUUUCAUGCAAAAAAUGUGGAGCUCAGUUUACCUGUAGCAACUCAAUGGCUAAUCACAAAUCAGAAAAUAAAUGUAGCGCCAUUUUCCUGUAGGAUUGUGAUUUAUAUUCCAAAAGAAUUGACUGAAAAGUUGAAUUGAAUGACCAACGGCGUUUCAGACCAGGAAGAUAAUUUCAUUUUUUAAAUGAACUUGAAAAAAAAGUAUAGUAAUUGAGAAAAUGAUUUAUUUACUCUCAAUUUUUGUCUAUAUUUCCUUGCAUUAAUUCUAAUUUUUUAUUUAGUUGGAAAAUAAUGUAAAAUUAUUAUAAUUCAUAAUGGUUUCCAGGUUUUGUGAAAAAUGAACUGUUUUACGCGGAGUUCAUUUUGGCCCGGUGUAAUUACAGUCGGAUUUAUGCGAGUUUAAACAGGCCGAGAAUGAAUUUGCGUUGCAAAACAACGAGCCCGCUGAAAUUGGGAAAUAUUUACGUGCACACGAGCGCGCGGCCGUUUUCAAUUAUUUCCAAGCCCGUAUUUGCUAAACAGAAAAAAUGUCCGUGCCGAGAAAUUUACGACUGCGCCCGCCCAUGUAAUUUUGUCCCGCGCUAGAUAAAUUGCGCGCCGGGCACGGACGACGCAUUCAUGCAUAAAUCGCGUUGCGAUUCAACGCGCCUAUCUCUGCAAAUUUGAAAAUGUGUGGUGAAAAAUGACGGUAUUUAAAGAAUACUAUAGCAAUUUGUAUGAAACAUUGCAGGAUUUUGAAGUAUAAUAU